UCUUCUCUCUGAGUUUAUCUGAAUCCUUUUCAUUUUCAUUUUCCUUGUCAUCGGAGAUAAUGUCCCAACGUGGCGGUGGGCGGCGUUCUGGUCAGUCUUCUUCCGGCGGGGAUCCUGCAUGGCCGGGGCUUCGCGGCUCUGGCGGCCGUGGAGUCGCCUCUGCUUCCCGCGGUGGGAGGGGCCGUGAAAGCGUCACCAGUGUCUCGACGCCUUCUCCGAAUCCGACUCCGACUCUGACUCCGACUCAGACGGCGGCGAGUGCUUCACAGGCGACGAGUCAUUCACCGGCGGCGAGUUCUUCAUCGGCUUCGACGGGUGCAUCGACGCUUCCUCCGCCUGCAUCGACUUCGACUCUGAGUCGUGAGUUAUCGGAGAAGGCUCACAUCGAGCCGAAGCCAGGGACGUCGGAGCUGCCGCCGGCGUCUUCGAAAGCGGUGGUACUGGCGGCACGACCUGGGUUCGGAACGGUGGGUAGAAAGGUCACCGUCCGCGCGAACCAUUUUCUGGUGGAGAUGGCCGAUAGAGAUCUCUGCCACUACGAUGUGGCAAUUUCACCUGAGGUCAUAUCGAAGAAAGUUAACCGAGAUGUGGUGGCUGAACUUUGCCACAUCUAUGGAGAAUCGCUGCUGGGUGGCAAAUUACUCGCUUAUGAUGGCAUGAAGAGUGUCUACACCGCAGGGGCUCUUCCCUUUGAGUCGAAGGAAUUCGUGGUUAAGCUGCAGAACAAUGAAAAGGGUGCUAAAUCAUCAUCUUCAAGGAAGGAGCGACAGUUCAAGGUUGUUAUGAAAAUGGCAUCAAGACCGGAUCUGUAUCAUUUGCAGCAGUUUUUACGUGGGAAACAGAGGGAUGCUCCGCAUGAAACUGUUCAAGUUCUCGAUGUUGUACUUCGAACAACUCCAGCGAGACACUAUGUCACUGUGGGCAGGUCCUUUUUCCAUCCUUCCUUGGGACAAAAAGGUGCUCUCGCCGACGGUGUUGAAUAUUGGAGAGGAUACUAUCAAAGCCUCCGAUUGACACAGAUGGGUCUGUCCCUUAAUAUUGAUGUUUCCGCAAGGCCGUUCUAUGAGCCAGUCCUUGUCACUGACUUUGUGAGCAAGCACUUGAACAUAAGGGACUUCAGCAGACCGCUUUCUGACAUGAACCGUGUUAAGGUCAAAAAAAUCUUGAGGUCUAUAAAGGUGGAAUUGGGACACUGUGGUUACUCUAUAACCAAGAAGAUUACCAGUGUUUCCAAUUGCCCUAUAAGCCAACUAAGCUUUACUCUUGAAAGUGGCAAGAAUGUGACUGUGGUUCAGUAUUUCCUUGAGAAAUACAAUUACAGAGUUAAAUACCCUGCUUUACCUGCACUUCAAUCUGGAAGCGACUCGAAGCCUGCAUAUUUUCCGAUGGAACUUUGUAGAAUCGCUGAAGGUCAACGAUACACUAAAAGGCUCAAUGAGCGGCAGGUAACUGCCAUGUUGGGCGCUACUUGCCAACGUCCAGUUGAUAGAGAGAGAGAUGUAAAAAAGAUGGUCACCGAGAAUAGCCACAUCAAAAACAAGCUUGUGAGUAAGGAGUUUGGACUUCAAGUGAAAGAACAGCUAGCUGUCGUCGAGGCUCGUGUUUUGCCCCCACCUAUGCUCAAGUAUCAUGACACUGGGAAAGAGAAGACGGUGGAUCCUAGACUUGGUCAGUGGAACAUGAUUGACAAGAAAAUGGUCUUGGGUGCGAGAGUGGCUUCAUGGACUUGUGUGAACUUCUCUACACGGGUCGAUCAAGGUUUGCUUCAUGAGUUCUGCCACCAACUGAUUGGCAUGUGUGUCAGCAAAGGAAUGCAAUUUAAUCCCGAACCAGCUGUCGCCUUUUCGGCUGGUCGUCCUCAACAAAUCGAAGCCGCACUUGUAGAGAUACACAAGAAGACAACUGCAAAACCCCUCCAGCUGUUGAUAGUAAUCUUACCCGACGUAUCUGGAUCGUAUGGGAAGAUCAAAAGGAUAUGUGAGACUGAACUGGGGAUCGUCUCACAAUGCUGCAAACCGAAUCAAGUUUAUAAACUCAGCAAGCAAUACAUGGAAAAUGUGGCAUUGAAGAUCAAUGUUAAGGCCGGUGGGCGCAAUACAGUUCUGCAAGAUGCCAUUCGGAGAAAUAUCCCUUACGUUACUGAUCGACCCACCAUAAUCCUUGGUGCGGAUGUGACUCACCCGUCGCCUGGAGAAGACUCGAGCCCUUCUAUCGCAGCUGUUGUAGGCUCGAUGGACUGGCCCGAGGUCACUAAAUACAGAGGAUUGGUCUCUGCUCAGGCACAUAGGGAGGAGAUCAUCCAGGAUCUGUACAGACUUGUUAAUGAUCCUCAGCGUGGGUGGGUCCAUUCUGGUAUGAUAAGGGAACUUUUCAUCGCGUUUAGGAAGUCGACAGGGCAGAAGCCUGACCGGAUCAUAUUCUUCCGUGAUGGAGUUAGUGAAGGACAGUUUAACCAAGUUCUGCUACAUGAGAUGGAUGCCAUUCGUCAGGCUUGUAACUCGCUGCAAGAAGGGUAUCUGCCUCGUGUUACGUUUAUCGUCGUUCAGAAACGUCACAACACUCGUCUCUUCCCCGCUGAACAUGGGAAUCGUAGCCAGACUGACAAGAGCGGCAACAUCUUACCAGGUACUGUGGUGGACACAAAGAUCUGUCACCCGACAGAGUUUGAUUUCUACUUAAACAGCCAUGCAGGAAUCAAGGGAACGAGUCGACCCGCACAUUACCACGUCCUUCACGACGAGAACAGGUUUACGGCCGACGCGUUGCAGAUGCUAACCAACAACCUCUGCUACACGUACGCAAGGUGCACAAGGUCUGUCUCAAUCGUGCCUCCGGCCUACUAUGCCCACCUGGCCGCCUUCAGGGCUCGGUAUUAUAUCGAGGGGGAGAUGUCGGAUGGAGCUUCUACGAGUGGUCGGAGCAGGAGCACUGCCACGGCCGAGGUCAGGCCGCUGCCGGCCAUCAAGGAGAACGUGAAAGAUGUCAUGUUUUACUGUUGAUUUGCGUUUUUUGGUGGAUGGGGGGAUAUUCUCUUCUGGCGGAUUGGAUGCAUUUGUGAAUGCAAAUACAAUAUCUAAUUAUGUUUUGGGUCUGGUGUGUAAAUGACUUGUGUUUUUGGCGGUUGAAUAUUUUCUCUUAACUGAAAAAAAAACGCCGAAAUAUAUUUUGUCAAAUUUGUUUUUGAUAUUA